UAUAAUCUUGAAGGCAGAACUUCCGAUCUUAAAUCACUGGAUAGUUUAUGUGUGGAAGUAGCGGCAGCAAAACGCUUGAUCGCAUAUCUCCAUUUUUGAACAACCGAAGCGUUUGCUUUGAUAAUAUUUCCAGAAUGCUGGCCGCCGUCAUAAUGCUUGCAGCUUUAAUAACUUGUGCUACAGGCAAUGGACAAGACGACCCACCUACUGGCCCGGGCUGCGAGCAGCCAAAAGAUGGAAUUUACACGACGUGCACAAUGGUAUGUGGAGACCAAGUAUCAGCAUUAAGCGAGGGUCAACCGUGCUUCCUCCCAAAGUCUGAGGCCCCGCGUCUUCCAGUGGAACGUGGCGCAGCCGAAGGUGCGAGGCUUACCGGAGUUUGCGAGAAUGGGCAAUGCGUCAGUAAAGACACAUCACAAGCAAAAGUGCAGGCCAGCGACUGAGAACCUCAUUGCCUGGAAAAUCUUUAGAGUUGACAAAAUAAAGUUUUCUGACGCCUUG